AUGGGUUAUGAUGUAGCUCGCUUUCCAAACGAAAUUGACGGUGAAUUGAUCUGCGCAAUAUGUGGUGGAGUUCUCCAAGAUCCACUCCAAUCUCCUGAUUGUGAACACGCCUUCUGUCAGAUUUGUAUAAAUGAAUGGCUAUCAAGAAAUCAAACUUGUCCGGUAGACCGAAGUGCUAUUGUACCUGGCCAGCUUAAACCAGUUCCACGAAUACUUAAAAACUUAUUAAGCAGGCUCAAUAUUACAUGUGAAAAUGAACCUCAUGGAUGUUCGGCAGUAUUAAAGAUGGAAAACCUUAAUUCUCAUUUGGUUGAAUGUGAGUUUAAUCCCAAAAAGCUUAUAGAAUGUGCUCAAGGCUGUGGUCUCAUGAUACCUAAAGACGCCGUGCAGAGCCAUAAUUGUAUUCGUGAUCUACGGAAAGAAUUAGAAGAAUUUAAAGAAGAACUACAAAAUUAUCGUACGGAUAUGGAUUUAUAUAAAGCGGAAGUUCGAACAUUACAGGAAUUCAUUCGUGUUUUACGUAUAAAUAAUCCAACUGUCAGUACAUAUUUUGAACAUGUUGAAAAUGAUGAAGUAUUACGUUGGUCAUCAUCUCUUCCAGUAGCAAGAGUCACCAGAUGGGGAGGCAUGAUAAGUACACCAGAUGCUGUUUUACAAGCAGUUAUUAAACGUGCUUUGACAGAGAGCUGUUGUCCAGCUCACGUGGUGAAUGAAUUAAUGGAAAAUGCACACGAACGACAUUGGCCACAAGGACUUUCAACAUUAGAAACAAGACAAGUAAAUAGACGUCACUAUGAAUCCUACGUUUGUCGACGAAUACCUGGCAAACAAGCUGUCAUUGUAUUGGCAUGUGAUAAUAGACAUAUGGAAUUACAAAUGAUUCAUGAUCCAGGUAUAGUAAUGAUUUUUGCUCAUGGCGUGGAAUAA